AUGUCUUCCCGUCGCGGUGUCGGCCUGGGAGCCUUUGUAAACCGCAACCAGUCGGCACAGUCAUAUGCUUCUCACGGUGCCAACCUCCGUACCACCCAUCUUACCUCCUUACAAACCCAACUCUCCGUUUUUCAGUCCCUCCUCCAUGCCUUCGCCCUCGAACAUGCCUCGACAAUUAAAUCCAAUCCAACGUUCCGUGCCGAGUUUGCACGCAUGUGCCACGCCGUCGGGGUUGACCCGUUGGCUGCUGGCAAUGUAAAGGGCAAAGGAAAGAAGGGUCUUAGUCUCUCUGCUUUAGGCGAUGGGGGUAGUUUCUGGACCCAGAUACUGGGAGGAGAUGUGAAUGAUUUCUAUUUUGAGGUUGCUGUGCGCGUUGUGGAACUUUGUCGGGAGACGAGGGGGGAGAAUGGUGGCCUUAUUGGAGUUGAUGAAUGCAGGGCUAUAGUGGGGAAGGGUAAGGCGAUUGGUGGGGGUCUAGAGGUUUCGGAAGACGACAUCCUCCGUGCAGUCAAGUCCCUCGAACCCCUCGGGUCCGGCUUCACAGUCAUCAAAGUCGGCAGCAGACAGUUCAUUCGCUCCAUCCCAAAAGAACUCAACACAGACCAGGCCACUGUACUUGAAGUGAUUCAAAUCAUGGGCUUUGUAACUCUUUCAAUGUUGCAAGCUAAUUUGAACUGGGAAAAGGCGAGAGCACAGACUGUCAUCGAUGACCUGCUGGCAGGUGGUUUGGUAUGGGUUGACUCCCAGUGUGCAGAGACGGAAUAUUGGUCACCCCAGAACUUACUCAAUGACGGUGGUUGA